AGCAAAGUUUGUGACUCCACCACGCAAUGCGGUGUUAAGGAGUAUUGGUUGAGUCACGCAUUCUGGUGAGAUCAGGUUGGUCCAAGCCCAGAGCCUUGAGGUACACCUUGGUUGACUGAGGCCGAAGGGGAACUGCAGUCACUGAUGGUGACAAAGUGUUUCCGGUUUGAGAGGUAGGACUCAAACCAGGCAAGAGCUGUGCGACUGACAUACCUUUGAGGACAGGAGGGCUUUUGAGGACAAGGUCCAUUCAAGGUUACACUUGAGGAUUUAGUCACACUCUAAGACAGAGGAAUCACACAUAAUCAGGCCAAAUAAAUAUAAAAAGGCACAUGACUAAAUCAAUACUGUUUGGAAGAUGAUAACUGACAUAUGAAACUGUCUAAAAUAACUGAUUUGCUUGUUGUGUCCGUGCAUUGGUGCAACAAUAUCGGGUUGUGCAUGAUUGCUGCGUGGUGCAUGGCACUGAGUUUCUGUGAGGAUAGCAGGGUGAGGCAAGGUGACAGCAAGACACUCACCCCUGGACUUUGGGAUCAUUAGAGUCCGGAUUGCUUUAUAAGCUGCAGAACCUCACAAGCAGUACCAAGUGGAUUUGCCGAUACAACAACAAACUCAGAUAUAAGAGCCAUGAAGGUCCUUGUUGUGCUCGUCCUUGCCGUUUUCACUGGCUGCAAUGCCAACAUCUUAUAUGCUGAUGCACCCAAGCCACAGAUUGAAUUGCUGACUGAGGCCUUCUGGGACUAUGUCGCCAAGGCAACAGAGACAGCUGAUGACACCCUCCAGAUGAUCAAUAAAUCACCGUUUUUCCAGGGUGUCAAUGCCCGUCUGGAUCAAACUAAAUAUGUGGCCGCCCAUUCUGCGCUCACCAUGCACGAGCAGCUUCCCCCUGCAACUAAGGACAUGAUCCACAAUGUCAUCACAGAGGCCGAAGAGCUGAAGGGGCAUGUGGAAAGGGAGCUGGCCGCUGCCCAGGACGUCCUGAAGCCCUACACUGACAAAAUGAAGGUCCAGAUCCAGCAGAGAGUGAAGCUGCUCAAACAGGAGUUGGCCCCCUACGCUGAGUCCCUUGACACCGAGGCCAUGAGAGCCGCCCUGGAGCAAAAGAGCGAGGAGCUGAAGCAGAGUGUGAAGGACCUGCAUGCUCAGCUCGGACCCUACACCGAUGACCUGAAGCUGAAGGUGGGAGCCAAUCAGGUUCAAGAAAUGGCCCCACCCAAGCCACAGAUAGAAUUGCUGACUGAGGCCUUCUGGGACUAUAUCGCCAAGGCAAAAGAGACAGCUGAAGACACCCUCCUGAUGAUCAGCAAAUCACCGUUUGUCCAGGGUGUCAACGCCCGUCUGGUAAACGGGUUAAAGGCGGCUUUCUAUUUUGCCUUCGAAGUGCAAGACCAGGCCUACAAUUUUUCCGAAGCCGUGCACGCCCAGCUUCCCCCCGCAGCUAAGGACAUGAUCCAAAAAGUCAGCAGAGGGACCUGGCGUGUAGAAACGGAGCUGGCCUUUGCCCUGAAGCAAUACACCGACGACAUCCAAGAUAUGGCCGCCCCAUAUGUUGAGGAUCUGAGAGUAAAGCUGGACCCGUACGCCCAGGACCUCCGGGCUCGCCUCACCUCCCUCUACAGGGCCUAGCCCAAUCCAAAUAAAGCAACCUCCCCCUCACCUUAAAGGGAAAGUAACUGCAUCAACAGAAACACAAUAAUCUGACCCCGGGACACAAAAUGAACAAAACGACAACACAAGCUAACCAGUUAUAGAUGUUUUAAGAAGAUAAUGAUUUGGAGGUUACAAACUGUGUUAGUAAAUUAAUGAAAAGGGAACAUAGAUUGGUAGAUUCUGAAAAUCAGAAAAUCAGAUGUUUUUUCUGCAUUGUGAAAUCAGACUGGGGAAGGUGGACUUGAAAAACUAAAAAGACAAAUUGAAGCAGUAAACACAUUAUGAGCUGCACUGAAGCUCAUGAGUUUACUUUGCAUCACCUAUAAUUACUCGUGAAAGCAGGACAUGUGAAAACAUUUGGUAACUAAAGUGUGCUGAAGAAAUGUUGUGUAAUAUACAUUCUUAAGUAAGAAACUAAUGAUGGUAUUUAUAAAAAAAAUAAUCUACAGUUAUAUAUUUGUCACACAUCAUUCUGAAUACUUUAUGAAUGUAUGAGAAGAAAGUUAUUUUGAAAAGAAGAACAUACUAAAGGAGACUGGCAUGUUUUUCAUAAAUUAGUCACUCUGUAUCUCCUGUCCACAAGUGAAACCAACACGUACUCAACACGUUGGAUCGAGAUUGUGUAAAUAAACAAGUUGUACAAAUA